AUGGCUGGACUGAUUCAAUGGGCCACAAAAGCGCUACGCAGGGCCCCGUCCCCUCCCAUUUGUUUCCCCACCAGCGGCUUCGAAACUGUUCGCCGUUCAGAUGUUCUUGAGGAGGAACGAUUUGAGCAGUUCAACCAAGGGCAAUAUUACCCCGCUAACAUUGGCGACGUGCUGAGCUCGAGAUACCAGAUCAUUGGCAAACUUGGUUUUGGGACUACCUCUACAGCAUGGCUCGCUCACGAUCUCAAAGGUCAUCAAUAUGUGACACUCAAAAUCUACACGCGCGAAGAAGGUAACCAGGAAGAAUUUCAGAUCUAUAAGCAUCUAAAUCAGGGGAGUCCAUGGCACCCUGGCCGUGCUCACAUAGGGAAAACACUCGACAUCUUUAGGAUUCCCCGUUUGGGCGGCGACCAUUCGUGUCUUGUUCAGAAACCAAUGUGGGAGAGCUUCAGGGAUCUUUUAUAUCGUAAUCCCAGCCAUCGAUUGACCGAAGACCUACUCAAAGCUGGACUUAUGCAGAUCUUUCUUGCACUAGACUAUCUGCACACUGAAUGCAAACUUGUUCACACCGACAUCAAAAGCGAUAACAUCCUCCAAGACAUAGAAGAUACGUCUAUCCUAGAAAGCUUUACCCAAGCUGAACUGAAGAACCCCUCACCCCGCAAAAUAGUCAACGGUUUGCCGGUGUAUGCUUCACGAUGUUUCGACUUGCCAAAAGUAUUUGGCCAAGUAGUGUUGAGUGAUUUUGGCUCUGCCGUGCAGGGAGAUGAGAAGAGGAAUCAUGAUGCACAGCCAAACGUUUAUAGAUCGCCGGAAGUGAUGUUGAAAACUGAUUGGAGUUACUCAGUCGACAUGUGGAAUGUCGGUGUUAUGGUGUGGGAUCUGUUCGAGGGCAGGCACCUUUUCUAUGGAAAUGACCCUGAUGGCAAAGGGUAUUCGACCCGGGCGCAUCUUGCCGAAGUCAUCAGUAUUCUUGGGCCGCCCCCUUUAGAUAUGCUCCAGCGUGGAAAGCGAAGCCAUGAGUUCUUUACCAAUGAUGGGAACUGGAAGCAGACAUAG